CACUCUCUAGAAUUUACCAAAUCAUCCACGCGCUCCGUGCAAUUGGAAAGGAAAUCUAAAGUCGCAUAGUAUUAAUCAUGACAACAAUUCCUUCAAUAGCCUGUCUAGGCGUAAUAGGCAAAAAUGUAAGUCCCCCAAUUUCUCUCCCAUUCUCAUCCACCACCCCGUCCAUCCCUAUCUCAAGUCCCAUUAUAGCAUCUCACCUACAAACAAACUAACCAACAUCCCCAGAACAACCCGCUCCACAUCUCCAUCUUCCCACCCCACUCCCCGCCCUACCCAACAUCCUCAAGCACCCUCCAAACCCACACCCCCGUCCACGAAACCCUCCGCACCCCCCUCCAAUACUCCCUCCUCCUCAGCUCCACCCUCGACAUCUUCGACGCAAGAAAUCGUACCUCUACCGGGAAUCAAAAUCUGACGGGUGAUUUGGGACUCUUGUAUGCGGUAGAUGAGAGAUUAGCGGCUUAUGGAUUCGAGACGAAUACUGGGGUGCGAUUUGUGGUUUUGUGGAUGCGAGGGGAGGGUUGUUAAAGGGGUGGAGGGGCGGGUGCGGGCGGUGGUGGAGGUGCUGCCGGAGGGAGAAUGGUGUUGCGGGGGUGGAGUGAGGGAGGCGGAUGUUAGGAGUGUGAGUUCUCUUUUGGGGGUUUUGUUUGGAUUUUAGGAGGAGGACGAAAGGGAGAAGGAAAAGGGAGGAAAGUCAGAGAAUAAAAUGCUAAUGCUACAAAUAGAUAUUCAAAGCCAUGCAAGCAGCCUACAUCCGCCUCCUACAAAACCCCUUCUACGACCCAGAUGAACAUUGUCCGGUAAAUGGCAAGGGCGGGAAGAAAAUCAACAGUAGGAAAUUUGUAGAGGAUAUGAGGAGGAUUGGAGAGGCUUGGGUACCGGGAAAUAUCUGAUGUGUUGAUUGGAGAUUUGGAGGAGGGUGUACCGGUGUAGGGAGGUGCUGAGGAUAAUUCGAUUCGGUUCGACCCGAGACUUGAGUUAUUUGGUUUCUGAUCUUCUAGGAACGAUUGAAGUUUGCUGAUACCUUUAUACGUAUACGUAUGCGUAUAGAGAGGGCCGGCCAGGGAAACGCAAAGAUGAUUAGGCGAAAAGAAAUAGGAGCUGGGAGUUUAUACCUUGAGAUGAUUUGUUUGCAUACAUGCAUGGAUGGAGUUUGGGGAACUGUUAGUAUUGUGAGCAUUUUUAGGUCCUAGCUGGU